UUUACCUGAAUCAGCUGAGAAAAGAAAACAAAAUGUCACGUCAGAGCAUGAGGUCCAAUGAUCCAAAGAAAGUUAGUGGAGAAUUAUUUACAUUAACGUAUGGAUCUUUAGUGGCUCAACUUCUCAAAGAUUAUGAGAAUGUUGAUGAUGUUAAUCGCCAGCUGGAGAGAAUGGGAUACAACAUUGGGAUGCGACUGAUUGAGGACUUCUUAGCCAGGGCAAAUCCUGGGAGAUGCUAUGACCUUAGAGACACAGCUGACAAGAUCCAGCAAGCAUUUAAGUUGUAUCUUGGUGUAUCACCAAGCAUUGGGAGUUGGAGCCCUGGAGGAGAUGAGUUUUCUGUUGUUCUUGAGACAAAUCCUCUGGCUGAGUUUGUUGAACUGCCAGACCAUUGUCUUAGCCUGCGAUAUUCUAAUAUUCUUGCAGGUGUCAUUCGUGGAGCAUGUGAGAUGGUACAGUUGGAAAUAAUGGCUUGGUUUAUUGCUGACCAGCUUAGGGGUGACAAUGUGACAGAAAUUCGGGUGAAGUUUGUUAAACGAUUAGAAGAUGCCAUUCCUGCAGGUGAAGAUUAGUAUCAUAUAAGUGGUCUAUGAUAGGGAUGUUUAGGUACACACAACUCUUGCCUAAUUUAGAAUGAGAUGGUGAUAUAUAUAGGCUUUUUUCACAAAAAAUGCUUAAAUUAAGAAACCAUUGUAGAAAGCCCAUAUAUGUAAGAAAUUUAAUCCACUUACAGGCAUGAUAUUUUGGCAUGUUAUAUGUCAUCUGUAUGUUUAUUGAAGUGUAUUUUUUUUCAUGUAAGAAGGGUCAUUCCACAAUUCAAGUACAUUGUAUACUAGCAGUAUUGUAGCGCAUGCAUACCAGUAGAAGUAAACACAUAAAUACACUAGCAAUGAGAAACUAGAGAUCUGUUUUUUCUUGGAAGCAAAACAUCAAAGAGAUCAAGGGGCUAUUACAAAAAAAGAACAUGCUGAAUACUGCUUCUUGUUUAUAUAUUAUUGGCAGUAUCAAUGCCACUUUGUUGUGGGUACCUGUAGCAUCUUUCAUAUAUAUAUAUAUAUAU